AUGCACAACUGCUUCCAGAAAAACCAUUUUACUUUUUUCGCUUUUCUUUCUCUGUUCUCGCCUCUUCGUUCAAUUUUCUGCAACCAGCUCUGCCUUUACCUCCUCCGUCGCUGGUCUCGCUUGCCUCACCACCGGUGUUGGCUUGGACACCGCCAACUAUACAUAACUGAGUUUUUCUUCAGCAUCUUCAUCCUUCUCCCGUUAAUCUUUUUACAAAAGCCUAUGUUACCAACAAUGUGGAACCCGUUCGUCACAAAUGAAGGGGCGAAUAUUUCCAGUAUUAUUGCAACAAGGCUUGUAAUUGCAGGUUUGUCAUUAGCAACAAAUCCAACAAAUUUUUCAUCAAUCCAAAUAUACCUGAAGCUAUUGAGCUGCAGUCUUGUUCAGUUUUGGUGAUAGAGGAAAGAUCAAGUUCUAGUUCGUCGGACGGUUUCGAAAGUGCAUCGAGCUACCGUCGUUGUUGUUGUAUCCUGGGAGACGGACGUCCAACGUAACCUCAAGCACACGCCGGAGGGGACGAAUAUGUUUUAAGGAAAACGUGCUCCACGUGCCUCGACAUUCUUGCAAUUUCCAUUUAUGAGUUUUUGGUAAAAAUGUUGAAUUACAAUUGUAUGAAUUUCAGUUUUGUUCUUCCUUAACUUGUUCCUCUUUUAUAUUAUCCAUACUAUUUUUGUCUAACACCUUCAACAGAUACGAUUUCUAAAAUUGAUACCAUAAAAAA